AUGAAUUCAGAUACCCAAGCUGCAAUUUUUACAUUAUUCAUAGUAGCAUAUAGUAUACUAUUAAUCUGGUUUCCUAUGAGUUUAUACUUUGGUUAUCAAAAGUAUAUUCAAUUUCCAAAGACUCAACAACUGACGCAAUGUAAAGUUCAUGAGACCGAUGUUAUGAAAUGGAUUAAUGGAAAAUUUCAAGCAAUAUGGACGGUCAAUUUUAAUGAUAAUGAAUCCGAAAAACGUUCAAAAAUAUUUUUAACCAAUUAUAAAACGUUUACAGAUGCAGUUGAAGCUGCAAUGAAUCAAUAUAAAAUUGGUCAAGUUUACGAAUGUUAUUUCAAUAUAAAGAAACCCUAUGAUAUACUUUGGACACUUGAUGAUAAAAUCAAUCAAUUUUUUGUUACCACUUUUUCUUCAACGACUAGUGCUGGUUCAUCAUCACAUUUAAAACGGUAUACAUCCGAAAUGAUCGAAUUUCUUUUACAACAGCAAACAUCAAAAUAUGCUAUUAUUAAAAAUGAAAAAACAAACACAUCUUUAUGUUGGAAAGUUUUUAAUUAUCCAACUAAAAAGUCAAAAAAUAUUGGUGAAUUCGAGAGAAUUGAAGGUUUUGCAAGUUGUCAAAUGUGUUAUCAAAGAUCUGUUUAUACAUCAACUACUGGUACUCGAAAUAUGCUUACUCAUUCAUGUGUUAAAAAAUUAUCCAAUACAAAAAUAACAACGUUCACGACAAAUUCAUCAUCUUCAAGUCAAAUAAAAAUUAUUAGUAUGAUGAAUAAUUAUAAACAAACAAAAUUAAAUGAAAAAGAAUUGAAUUUUGUUGAAAAUCUUGUUUGUUCAUGGAUAUGUUAUCAUAUGAGACCAUUUAGACGAAUAGUUAACGAUAAUAAAUAA